AGCAUGUGAUUGUAAUCAUUCAAUUUUGAUUCAUUACCCAUUUUAUGUGCUAAGUGAAAGAGAAGUCUGUUCUUCAGUUUGCUAUCUGGAGCAUCCUCCAGAAUUUUCUGUGACUCAGGGUACAUCCCAAGGUGAAAAGCACAGUAGCCCAUCCAUAGUUCAAAGUUUAAACUAGUCUCCGAGGUGCUGUUGAACUCGAGAAGUGUAAGAGCUCCAGUAUAAUCUCGUUUCUCCAAAAAUUCCUCUAAUUUAGGUAUUUUCUUUUCCGAUGUUGACCUCUUCACCCCCUCAGAAGAGGCUGGCUUAGAUCUUGACAGUAUCUAUUACACAAGUUUCUACAUACGAAAAAAGGGGAAACUGACCGUACAAUGUCAUCCUUGUCCUACCAACUGUAUUGUCCUCAUUAAAAGUCGGAGCGCUCAGAACGCGACGGACCGUCGUAGAGGUUACAUCGCCGGUAGUGUUUUUGCAUUUAUUUUCGUAAUGCUGGAAGGUGUUAAGCAUGUGUUGUUAGUGCUGUCUGGUAAAGGUGGUGUUGGAAAAUCAACAGUCAGCACGCAAUUAGCUCUCGCGCUCAAAGAAUCGGGAUUUCGAGUGGGUUUGUUAGAUGUCGAUCUUUGUGGACCUAGUGUGCCUUAUCUAUUAAAUUUAGAGGACAAAGAUGUCCAUCAAUCGUCUGACGGAUGGGUACCGGUGUACGCUGACAAAGAACAAAGAUUGGCUGUCAUGUCAAUAGGAUUUUUGUUAAAAAGUCAGAAUGACAGUGUUGUUUGGAGAGGUCCCAAGAAAACCGGGAUGAUCAAGCAAUUUUUAAAUGAUGUUGUUUGGCAAGACAUUGACUAUUUGAUCAUUGACACACCACCAGGAACCUCGGAUGAACAUAUUACAGUGAUGGAAAAUUUAAGGAGUGUAAAAUGUGAUGGGGCACUUAUAGUAACUACUCCACAAGCAGUUGCUGUGGAUGAUGUUCUCCGGGAAGUAACAUUUUGUAGAAAAACUGGCAUUCAUAUAUUUGGUAUUAUCGAAAAUAUGAGUGGAUUCGUGUGUCCUUCAUGUUCGGAAUGCACGAAUAUAUUUUCCGCGGGUGGAGGGAUAGCCUUAUCAAAAAUGGUAAAUGUACCAUUCCUCGCAAAAGUACCCAUAGACCCACAAGUAGGUAAAUUGGCUGAAACGGGACAGAGUGUUUUAGUAACUUUACCGGAUAGCCAGGUGGCUCAGGUAUUCCGGAAACUAGUCGAAGAACUUACCAAAAGCAAAGAAGCAUAAGAGUGAGACUAUGGAUUCCACCCAUACAAUUCCGUGUGAAAUAUAGUACUUGUUUGUGAUGUUAAGGGGUCUUCCAAAUUUGCAAGGACAGUCUUUUUUAUUACAUGUUUUUAAGGUGUAAAAGAAAUUCUCAAGAUGAAUAAAAAGGUAACCAUAUAAUUUAAGAAGACACUGGAUUACAGUUACUCGAAAAUAUUCUAUGAAUCAAUGCACCUUUUAAUGCUAAAGAAGGAAGAUCCCUUUAUCGUUAGCCCUUUGCGAACCAAUAUUCUUUAAUGUCAGUUAUCAUAGGUGAUACAUUAAUUAACUCGAAGAAAUACGUUUCUAAUGGAAAGUGUAUAUGUAUCUCUUGAUAUUACAAUACGAUUGCAUAAAAGAAUUUGCAUAAUCACAAAGGGUUGAUCUAAACGGCGUCCUAAAUUAUGUAUAGAGCGUACAAGUACAAAUACAACGAGUAGUUUUACACAAUAGCAUUUAUAUGAGGUACAUGUUACUGGAAUUUUUGCACUUUAUGAAAAAUACAAUAACAAAGAGUGUGCGUGUACAUGGUCAAUAAUAGAGAAAUAUUGAAGUCGUAAAUUUGGCGAAGUCCUGUAAGAACAAACUUUUAAUAUCCUGACCAGGCAGGACAUUAGAGCCUAACGAGAUAUAUAUAAUUUUGUCAAUCUUCCUAGCAAUUAACCAACAAUACGUUUAUAAAAUACUCGACGUACAUUUUCAGUUAUAAAAUCGCCUCAUUUACGACUUUUAUUUUUUUAUCAUCGAACGUUAACAGAAACGUUCGGAUAUAUUUUAUAAAUGCUUUUUUCACACAAUAAUAUGAAUGUGGAUUAGCGUACCGUUGUAUAAUGUAUAUACAUCGAAAAUCUUUGUACAUUUUCGCGUUCUAUUUACGGUCUUUCCAAACUCGUAAAUUUAUAUAAUUAUUUACACUUUUUAAUUGUUGCGCACGUAUUUUAAAAAUAAAAAAAU